AUGGUUAUAGUGCAAUCUCAUCUUACUCUCACUAUCGAACGGCUCAUCUCAAUUAAAGCACCAGAAUUCCACAAGAAUCCAAAAUUCAGGAUUGUGAUCUACACCAAGAAAACAUGUCGUAGCAUGUAUAAAGCGGAUGUAAAGUUUUAUGACUUGGCUAGGAAGCAUGAGCUCUACAAGUCUUAUGAAAUCACUAAAAGCUUGGUGACCGCCCUUAUAGCAAAUGCUAUCCAACAAAUGCUCACUUUUCUAUUUGUCGGACUGCAAUACCAGGGGUUACUGUUUCCAAAAACGGAUUAUUAUAAGACACUUUUCAUUUUGCAUAUGCUCUGGAACUCAAACUUUUCAAUUUUUGCCUGGGUCCUUCUACUAUCCCACCGAUCAAGUCGUCUUAAAAUUUUAGCCGCUUCCUAA